AUCAAACUGCUUCCAGUUGGCCAUUUCACUCCACCUCCAAUAAUAAAAUACCCCAAAUAUCACAACACACUCCACUCUAUAAUCCCAUAAAAUAAGACCAUAGUUGCCUAAUUAUUUGUGAGUGAACAGAGUCAAGAAGUUGAUCAAAAUGGCCGGACAGAAAUACUGUUACAGAGAUGUGCUUCCUUUUGCAGCUAUGGUGACUAUGGAGUGCUUGAACGUCGGCUUGAACACUCUGUACAAAGCUGCCACCAUGAAAGGCAUGAGUGAGCAUGUUUUUGUGGUCUACUCUUAUGCUGUUGCUGCUCUCUGUCUCCUCCCUUCUCCUUUCUUCACUCCCAGAGGCAGGACACUUCCUCCGGUCAACUUCUCCAUUGUAUCCAAGAUUUGCAUCCUCGGGUUAAUCGGAUGCACAUCGCAGAUCAUGGGAUAUACAGGGAUCGGUUACAGCUCUCCAACUCUAGCUUCAGCCAUCAGCAACCUUGUCCCUGCCUUUACUUUCAUACUUGCCAUCAUUUUCAGGAUGGAAAGUGUUGCACUUAGAAGCUCAAGCAGUCAAGCCAAAGUGCUGGGAGCCAUUGUAUCAAUAUCAGGUGCAUUUUUGGUCACGCUUUAUAAAGGUCCAAGAAUCAUCCCAACUCCUUCUCUGUCUUCUUUAUCUGUUCCUCAACUCCUGAGCUCCUCAAAUUCGAACCCCAAUUCAAACUGGGUGCUCGGAGGCCUUUUUCUUACAACCGAGUAUAUUUUGGUUCCAAUGUGGUACAUUGUUCAGGCUCAAAUCAUGAAGGAAUAUCCUUCGGAAUUAACAGUUGUAUUCUUUUACAACUUAAUUGUGAGCGUACUAGCUGGAAUUGUGGCUCUGAUUACAGAACCGGAUUCAAGUGCUUGGAAACUUAAACCGGAUAUAGCACUGGCCUCUAUAAUUUGCUCUGGAAUUUUUGGGUCAUUCAUAAACAAUUCUGUUCAUACAUGGGUUUUGCGUGUAAAGGGCCCCUUCUUUGUUGCAAUGUUUAAGCCAUUGUCAAUAGCCAUUGCAGUCACCAUGGGAGUCAUUUUUCUUGGUGACACGCUCUAUCUAGGGAGUGCUAUCGGAGCCAUGAUAAUAUCUAUAGGAUUUUACACGGUAAUGUGGGGGAAAGCAAAAGAAGAGAUGGGUGUAGGACGCCUUGAUGUUGAGAGUUUAGGAUCCCCGCCAUCACAAAAAACUCCUCUACUUCAACAAAGUAGCCAGAACCAAACAUUUGUUAGUUGAUUGUUUUGGGGACAAAUAUAUGCCAUUAAGCCGCAAUCGCUUUAGAUUUAGACGAUGUUCCAUCAGCAUGGAGGAACAAUGUACUUUGUAGAUACACUCAGAAUGAGCACAAUCAACAUAAACUGUAUGAUAGAUAGCAGAUUGAGUCUCCUUGUGCCAAUGUACAGGAAAUAUUAAUGUAAUGCAGUAAAUUUCUCUGGUCGCGUGAUAAGAGAAAAAUGUGCGCGAUGUAA